AUGUUCCGUUUAAGUGAGCUUUGGGUUUGCUGGUUCUUUUUGACACAAUUUUUUGUGGGGGCAUCACCGUUAACAUUUGAGCUGAAAAAGGGUCGAAAAGAGUGCUUAUACACGCUAACUCCGGAUAUUGACUGUACCGUCUCAUAUUAUUUUGCAGUGCAACAGGGGGAAGGUAAUGACUUUGAUGUUAAUUACGAAAUAUUUGCUCCAGAUGACAAAAACAAGCCAAUAAUUGAGAGGUCUGGUGAACGUCAAGGUGAAUGGUCCUUCGUAGGCCAACACAAAGGAGAAUACGCUAUCUGCUUCUAUGGUGGCAAAGCACACGACAAGAUUGUAGAUUUUGACAUUAAUUACACUUGUCAGCGCCAAAACGAUGUCCGAAAUGAAAGACGCAAGGCAAGAAAGGCACAGAGGAAUUUGAGAGACUCUAAAACCGAUCCUUUGCAAGAGAGUCUGGAAAAUUCAAUAGACACGAUAGAAAGGCAGCUUCAUGUCUUGGAACGUAAUAUACAGUACUAUAAGACCAGAAACACCAGAAACCACCAUACAGUUUGUUCAACAGAGCAUAGAAUUGUUAUGUUUUCCAUCUACGGUAUUUUAUUAAUCAUCGGAAUGAGCUGCGCUCAAAUCGCCGUAUUAGAGUUUAUUUUCAGAGAAUCAAGAAAGCAUAAUGUUUAG